AAACAUUUAUAAGAGCGCCAGUUCUCUCCGCUUCCUGCGUCCUCGUCCCCGUAACUGUCAGUUGCUCCCGUAAACCCGCUGAAAUAGUUCAGUGAGCAAAAACUCGUUCUUAUUCACGUGUCGCCACUAUCGGCUCCCAGCUGAGCAUCGCGCUAGCCUUUGCUCUUAGCAUCUUUCGAGCAACGAUAUCUCAGUAAGAGGCCAGCGUGAAUCGCGCGGCAGCGAUGCCACUCCCUCCUUCGUCGCGUGUCGUAGCGCCACACCCAAUGGAGUCGAUCGACGCGGCAGGGGAACUGAAAGGAUGCGGCAGCAGCAGCAAAGAUUGCGAGAGGUUUCCUCCAAUCUUCGGUACAGUCACACCCGAUUUUACCACGAGCCACGAACAACCCCGUUCGCUCGUGUUUCUUGUGCGCACGUGCGGCGGCAAGGCGAGCAGCGAUAGCUCCAGCGAUAGCGAUAGCGGUAGCGACGGCACUCACAGCAAUAGCGGCAGGGACGGAAGUCGCGACGACGGCGACAGUCGGCUAGGAGGCGCUGGGGAAUGCGAGAGCGAGAGCGAGUGCGAGGGGUUGGAGGCGAUGGUUUCGGACUUCUGCGGCAGUUCGUGGCGCGCGCAGCUGUCGCGAGACGACCUGGAGGACGAGAAGGACGAUCUCGGGAUAAACAAGACCUUCGCGGCGUUCCUCGCAUGGAUCCACGAAACGCUCUCGUCACGCCUCGUUACUGUCACACCCACGCUCGCUAAAGCGCGUGCCACUCAAGUACCGCAGCCCGCCGCUCAUCCCCUCGAUACAAUCACACUGAUGGGCCAAAAGGUCAAAGGCGCCCCGCGCUUCAGCCUGCAGCUGAAGCGAGUCGAGUGGCCUGGAAGGGCGGAUGGAAGGGGGAGCGGCGGAGGGGGCGCGGAUGGCAGGGGGAGCGGAGGAGGGGCGGGGGACUGGGGAACGAAGGAAGGAGGAGAGGGAGAUGUGGCGCUGCCCUUGAUGUCAGAAUCGCACUCGUUGCAGUCACACCCAUUAGCAGCACCCAAGGCAGCGCCCGUUUUGCCUUCAUCAUUGUCCAAAGCUUGCGAAUCCGUGGCUGCGGAAAUCGCAUUCGCACUGAUGAGGGACCGACGCGCUCUUGUGAAGAAGCUGAUAAGGGAGCGCGCCAAGCACGAGAGGCACUUGCAGGAGGUGGAAGAAGAGAGGGCAACAGUGCGCAGUUACGGUCCCCUAGGUCCCCCCAAGUCCAAGCGGGCCCGCUCGCGAUCUGCCUCGCGAAUGACAAGCAGCCACGUGGCGCCUGCUCCGCCCCGUUCCCUAUCACACUCACAGUCGCUGUCACGCUCGCAAGGCCAUGCAGCUUCCCAGAAGCAUCCUCCAGUAACAUCAGGUUUAGCAUCAGCAUCAGAAUCAGCAUUAGCAUCAGCACGGAAUACAGCAGGCACGGUUAUUGCUCGUUUGGGGAGUAGCCAAAGGGAACAGGCACAGCAGCCAGAGUCAACCUCACAGGAGCCCCCUUUAAUGUCACAGGAACCCCCGUUAUUGUCACAUGGUGUGUCCCAGGGGUGGCUGCUGGAGUCACAGGGCACAACGGAGGAUGCAGCACAGACCCCGGAUUCACAAUCACACUGGUUAUUAUCACAGUCAGACUCUCAGUCACAGGCGUUUCUGUCCCAGUCUGGAACCGGCAUUCCACACGCCACCAGCAGAUCAGGAAGAGGUGUUGGGGGGACAGGAACAGCAGGAGGUGCGGUGGGAGCAGGGGGGGGAGCAGGAGGAGAUGGUAUGUUGGGAGAUGGGGGGAGAGUGGCAGAAUUGGGGAGAAGGGAGGCAACGGCUGGGGGUGGACUGGUGCCAGCAAGCAUUGUAGCAGGGGGGUCAGCGGGAGGGGCAGCAGGGGCAGCAGGGGAGUCAAUGGCAAGAGGCAGUGCUUCGUUGCAAAGGCGACAGCAGCAAAGACGGCAGCCCGUGCCGUUCUCUAGAAGGGUAAAGAAGAGGGUAUUGGGCACGAAACUAACAACAGAUGGCGAUGAUGAUGACGAUAAUGAUGAAGACGCCAUUUGAUUGGAUGCAGCCGUUUCACCCGUACGGCAACUAUUGUAAGCUCUUGUGUACAUAUUGCUUUUUCCGACAAGGCUCUCACGGCAAUGUGAACUGGCUAGGAGUUUUCAUUUUUUCUUCUGAGCCUUGCAUCAUAGACAAGCAUGUGUUUUGGUGGAUUGUAUUAUUGAUCCAAGUAGUAAGA